AUGAGCGCAAACCUUCCUCCUCCCGUCGAGCUGCCUCCAGCCGACCCCAAGGAUCUGCCAGACGCACCACAGAGUGCCCCGUUGCUCCCAGUAUCCGAUAAGGAUGCUAGCUCUGGUGACGCUGAAGGGCUGGUUCGCCCACCGUUAGCAUCUACGCAGUCUCAUCCACCAGUCUUGGAGGGUGGUUAUGCAAGCCCCAUGCGACAGCACCAACGACAACCUAGCUUUCAACGGGAAAUCAAGGAAACGCUGGAUGCGCAUGUCGAGUACACAAGUGACGAGAAUGACGGCAGAACAUAUCACCAGGUCAAUCAGUAUACCAUUAUCGAAGAGAUUGGCCGCGGUUCCUACGGCGCAGUGCAUAUUGCCACGGACCAGUUUGAUAAGGAAUAUGCUGUCAAGGAAUUUUCAAAAGCACGCCUCCGUAAACGCGCCCAAUCUCAGAUCCUUCGACAAGGGCCACGGGGUCCAGGCCGCCGGCCCAUCCGAUCCAAGAGCGGUGGUGACCCGCUGACACCCCAGGUUGGCGGAGAGCAUCCUGGCGAGAAGAAAGAUGCCCUUCAUCUUAUUAGAGAAGAGGUCGCCAUUAUGAAGAAGCUCAACCAUCCCAACCUGGUGCAGCUCAUAGAAGUUCUUGACGAUCCAGAAGAAGACUCGCUCUACAUGGUGCUCGAGAUGUGCAAAAAGGGCGUCGUAAUGAAAGUUGGGCUAGAAGAAAACGCCGAUCCAUACAGCGACGAGGACUGUCGGCUCUUUUUCCGAGACUUGAUCUUGGGUAUUGAAUACCUGCACGCUCAGGGUGUCAUUCACCGUGAUAUUAAACCGGAUAACCUGCUCGUCUCACAGGACGAUGUCCUGAAAGUCGUUGACUUUGGCGUGUCUGAGAUGUUUGAGAAGAAGGGCGACAUGAUGGUUGCCAAGUCAGCGGGCUCGCCUGCUUUCCUCGCACCCGAACUUUGUGGUAAGCACGGCGAAGUAUCCGGUCCAGCUGUAGAUAUCUGGUCAAUGGGUAUAUCGCUGUACUGCUUGAAGUAUGGCAAGAUUCCGUUCAAUAAGCCAAGCGUAAUGGAAAUGUAUGACGCCAUCAAAACAGACGAGCCAAAGCUCCCAGAGGAUGAGGAUGCAACGUUUGUCGAUCUGAUGCACAGGCUCUUGGACAAGAAUCCAGACACGCGAAUUACAAUGGAUGAGCUACGGGAGCACCCGUGGGUGACAAAGAAUGGUACUGACACGCUCCUGUCAAAAGAAGAGAACUGCAGCCAUGAAAUUGAGCCCGUCAACGAAUUGGAUAUUGAACGGGCCUUUACAAGGAAAAUGGAUAACUUAUUUUCGGUUGUCAAGGCGAUUCACAAAUUCAAGUCACUAAUCCCGAGCAAGUUGUCGGCAUCCAGCACACCCGCCGAUGAGGGUGAUGAGCCACCACUGGAUAAAGCUGCUCCCCCGCCUGAAGAUGACUUUGAUCCUGCAGAAGAAAAGCGCCGAGCCCAAGAAAUAGAGGAGCUGUUGGAACAAAGAAGAAAGCGGGCACUUGGGAGAGCCGAUGAGGAAGUGGGCAAGGGUCAAGCCAAAGAGGUUGGCGAGGAGGAGCCAAUGGUCAUUGGCAUCGGAACGGGUAUCCACGAUAAGGACGCUAGGGACGAAAAUACGCCCGAUGUUGUCGCUGAUUCACCGACUGCCGUCGACUUUGACAUUUACGACCGGGCAUAUGAAGCAGCUAUCAAGGAGCGCCUUGAAGCCAACCCGACAGAGCGCCCCGUGAUGUACCUGACGAAGUAUGUCAAGGAGACGGAAUACUUUAAGACACUGGCGAAUAUCGUGGAGGAAACCAUGUUGUCGUCAGAGGGUAUUAUGGACCAGGUCAAGGAAACUCGGGAUCAGCUGUAUUCGCGCUUUACCACGCCAUCGUCGUCUAAGCUGGCGGACAUGGUUGGCAUGCUCGGCUUAUCGGCUCCGGUGCACAAGGUUCCCGCUGCAGAUAUUGAUCCGAAGACUCUGAAAGACACCGUUUUGGAAUUAAAGAAUCAAGUGCUAACAAGUCCGGAGGAAGCAAAGGGCGAGGACGGAGGAGCUACAGCGGAGAGCAAGUCGAGAUGA